AAAAGGCAUUUAGCAGAUCGAGUUUUUUUUUUUUUGGUUACCAAAACUGAGAGAGCUUCUUCUUCUUCUUCUUUUAUUUUUUUUCCCCAAAUCGCUCACUUGGAUCUUCAAAUGCGCACCGUUUUGAUCCCAUCACCGACUUCCUCUCCCAACAAAUUGAUUCUCUACGCUUCGCUUUCUGAUUCUGAAGCUCAGUUCGGUAGCUACUGCCUCUGCGUAGGUAGAAGAUAAUGAUUUGGAGAGAAUAUUCUGGAGAUAGUUGUUGUCGUGUUGGAAUUGGGGUAUGUAGCUUUACCUAUUUGUCAAGAAACUAUGGAAGGUGAUCGGAAAAUCUCUACCACCCAAGAUGGGCUCGGGGAUGCUAGCCAGAGAAUGCGAGCUCUACAAGGGAGGACUAGUGGUCCUACAAGGCGUUCUACCAAAGGACAAUGGACACCUGAAGAGGAUGAGAUUUUGCAGAAGGCCGUUCAGCGUUUUAAAGGAAAGAACUGGAAAAAAAUAGCGGAGUGUUUUAAGGACCGUACCGACGUACAAUGCCUUCACAGGUGGCAGAAGGUCUUGAAUCCAGAGCUUGUCAAAGGUCCAUGGUCUAAAGAGGAGGAUGAAGUUAUUAUUGAAUUGGUGAAGAAGUAUGGUCCAAAAAAAUGGUCGACCAUUGCUCAGCAUUUACCUGGACGUAUUGGUAAGCAAUGUCGGGAAAGGUGGCACAAUCAUCUUAAUCCUUCUAUUAACAAAGAGGCAUGGACCCAAGAAGAGGAACUGGCUUUGAUUCGCGCUCAUCAGAUCUAUGGGAACCGAUGGGCAGAGCUAACAAAGUUCUUGCCUGGAAGGACAGACAAUGCUAUUAAAAAUCACUGGAACAGUUCUGUCAAAAAGAAAUUGGAUUCUUAUCUAGCAUCAGGUUUACUUGCUCACUACCCAGUCCUUCCUCAUGUUGGACAUAGAAAUCAAUCCAUGCUUUCAUCUUCUUCAAGGAUGCAGAGUAGUGGAGAUGAUAGUGGGCUCAAAGGGAUAGAAGGUGAGGAAAUUUCAGAAUGCAGUCAAGAUUCAACCGUUGCAGGUUGCUUUCAGUCUGCAAAUGAAAUGGCCAAUGCAGUUUUACAUAACAUAGAGGAACUCCCAUUGACUCAAGAAUCUGGUUUGGCAAAGGAGCAAAACUCCAGUCCAUUAUCAUGUUCUGAACAAUAUUACACAUCUCUGGAAGAUGUUGCUUUUUCAAUGCCAGAUAUUUCUUGUGAAGCUGGUUGCCCUGACAAAUUGCUUGAGCAAAAUUUCUCGCAUGAUGCUGGAGCUUCUGUGAGCAGGGAAAACAAAUUUAAUGUACAUGGGUUACCAAAUAUCUCGUCACUGGAAUUGGGGCAGGACUCAUCACAGUUGCAAACUCAUUGUAUAAGUACUAAUGAAAGCCAUGAAAUAGUGAAUGUUCCUUGCCAAGCUUCUACUUCAAUGGGAUAUAUGGCUAUGGGUUCCUAUAAUAAAGCAGAGCACAUGUUGAUACCUGAUGAUGAGUGUUGUAGAGUCCUAUUUUCAGAGGCAAUGAAUGAUGGUAAUUUUUUCACUGGAAAUCUCACAAAAGGCUCAAAUAUGGUUGCCUCAGUUGGAGGCACAGAUUCAUUUCGCUGUCAAUCAUCAAACGGUAUGAUAUCUGAAACUGUUGCAACUUCAGCUUCACAAUCAUAUUGUCCUCCUAGGUCUGAUAUAAUCGGAACUUCGUGCUCUCAGCAGUUUGUGCCUGCACCGUCACUUAUAUCUGUUGAUGGUGGUACACUUAUAUACAGUGAUGAACCCAACCAGUUAUUUGAAACUCAAGAACAAGAGUUUGUCAUUAGUGCUCAUGAUGGCUUUGUCUAUACCAAGGACUCUCCCAAUUCCCCUUGCAAUAAUGGUACAAAGAACACAGGAUUGCAAGAACAACCAGAUUUUGUAAAGGAACCUUCAAAAUUAGUCCCUGUAAAUUCUUUUGGUUCAGGAUUAGACAUAAACCAUACUUGCCCUUCUCUGGGUGAAGGAUCACAUGUACAUACAGAACCGCAGGAUGUUGGAGCUCUAUGUUAUGAACCUCCUCGUUUCCCAAGCUUGGAUAUUCCAUUUUUCAGCUGUGAUCUGGUACAGUCUGGUAGUGACAUGCAGCAGCAAGAAUAUAGUCCACUUGGAAUCCGCCAGCUUAUGAUGUCUUCUAUGAACUGCCUUACCCCAUUUAGGUUGUGGGAUUCUCCAUCUCGUGAUGAUAGUCCCGAUGCUGUGCUGAAAAGUGCUGCUAAAACUUUCACAGGUACACCAUCCAUAUUGAAGAAACGGCAUCGUGACUUAUUAUCUCCAUUGUCAGAUAGAAGAAUUGACAAAAAACUUGAGAUUGACAUGACGUCUAGUUUGACCCGAGAUUUUUCACGUCUAGAUGUUAUGUUUGCUGACAAUGGGACCCAAAAAGCACCUUUGCUCUCUCCAUCAUCUAACCGUAAGAGGAAUUCUGGAACUUCCAUUGAUGAUAAAGAAAAUCUUGAUCAUGCCUUUGAAGAGGGGGAUGAAGGAGCUGCCCACAUUCAGUCUUCUGGAGUGCUUGUUGAACACGACAUGAACAAUCUGCUAUUACAUUCUCCCGAUCAAGUUGGGUCCAAAGCAGACAGAGCAUUAUUAGGUUCAAGUGCUGGAACUCCAAGAAAUCAACAAUCUAGGAGCUUGGGGGCUGCAUCAAAUCAAGGAAUUCCUAACAAAUCAUCAUUUGGAAAUCCAUGUGCACCUGUUAGCUCUCCUACUGUUUGUGGGAAGAAACAUGAAAGUCAUUCAGUUGCAGUUACAUGCCUACAAUCUGCUUCUUUGUCAGUUCCCCUCGAGAAUAGAGGUGAUAAUGCUGGGAAUGAUGCCAGUUUUGAAACCUUUGGCAUGUUUGGAGGAACUCCAUUUAAAAGAAGUAUUGAAUCCCCUUCAGCAUGGAAAUCCCCAUGGUUCAUAAACUCUUUUCUGCCUGGCCCAAGGGUUGAUACUGACAUUACAAUCGAGGAUAUAGGGUAUUUUAUGAGCCCAGGGGAUAGAAGCUAUGAUGCCAUUGGGUUGAUGAAACAGAUAAGUGAGCAGAGUGCUGCUGCAUAUGCCAAUGCCCAGGAGGUUUUGGGAAAUGAAACUCCAAAAACAUUACUAAAGGGAAAAUCCAUCAGCCAGGGGAAUCUGGACCGAGAGAACAGUCAUAUGCUACAUGAUCCUCUGGGAAACCGUUCCCAUUUGGCUCCAAAUGUUUUGACGGAGUGUCGCAUCCUUGACUUCAGUGAAUGUGGAACACCUGCAAAGGGAACCGAAAAUGGCAGAUCCUCAAAUGCUUUAAGCUUCUCAAGUCCCUCUUCUUAUCUGUUGAAGGGUUGCAGAUAGCGGUUCGUUCUAUAGCUAAAAAGCCUUAUUGCUGUCAUAAUUUGAAGUUAAUAUAUACAUAGUCCUCUCUCUCUCUCUCUCUUUUGCUGUUUCAUUGCUGGAUCUCGAUUUAAUUAAUUUACAGAAGAUUGUACAAGUGUAUUCUUUCCAAAUUAUGUUACCUUAUUUUGCAAACAGACCCUUGCCUCAUAAUCACAACAGGUAAACUCCAUUAGAAGAUGA